AUGAGGGAGAUCGUGCACAUCCAGGCCGGCCAAUGUGGCAAUCAGAUCGGGGCCAAGUUCUGGGAGGUGAUAAGUGACGAGCAUGGCAUCGACCCAUCGGGCAGUUACCAAGGCGACAGCGAGCUGCAACUGGAGAGGAUCAACGUAUACUACAACGAAGCUUCCGGGAGCACAGGCAGCAAAUUUGUUCCAAGGGCCAUUCUGGUGGACCUGGAACCUGGGACCAUGGAUUCAGUUCGCUCAGGUCCAUUUGGCCAGCUGUUCAGGCCUGACAAUUUUGUCUUUGGUCAAAGCGGAGCGGGAAACAACUGGGCCAAGGGUCACUACACGGAAGGAGCCGAGCUGGUGGAUGCGGUUCUGGAUGUGGUGAGGAAAGAGUCUGAGAACUGCGACUGUCUGCAGGGCUUCCAACUGACCCACUCUCUGGGCGGGGGCACUGGCUCUGGGAUGGGCACAUUGCUCAUCAGCAAGAUCCGCGAGGAGUACCCCGACCGUAUCAUGAACACGUUCAGCGUCAUGCCGUCGCCCAAAGUGUCCGACACUGUGGUGGAGCCGUACAAUGCCACGCUGUCCGUGCACCAACUGGUGGAGAACACGGACGAGAGCUUCAGCAUUGACAACGAGGCACUCUAUGACAUCUGUUUCCGUACGCUUAAGCUGACCACACCCACCUACGGCGACCUCAACCACCUGGUGUCGGCCACCAUGAGCGGGGUCACCACUUGUCUGCGCUUCCCCGGCCAGCUAAACGCCGACCUACGCAAACUGGCCGUCAACAUGGUGCCCUUCCCCCGCUUGCACUUCUUCAUGCCGGGCUUUGCCCCCCUCACCAGCAGGGGGAGCCAACAGUACCGCGCCCUCUCGGUCCCCGAGCUCACGCAGCAGAUGUUCGACGCCAAGAACAUGAUGGCCGCGUGCGACCCACGACAUGGCCGCUACCUAACAGUGGCGGCCAUUUUCCGCGGUCGCAUGUCCAUGAAGGAGGUGGACGAGCAGAUGUUGAGCGUGCAGAACAAGAACAGCAGUUACUUCGUGGAGUGGAUCCCCAGCAACGUCAAGACAGCUGUCUGUGACAUUCCGCCACGCGGUCUUAAGAUGUCGGCCACCUUCAUCGGCAAUAGCACGGCUAUCCAGGAGCUCUUCCGUAGGAUCUCAGAGCAGUUCACUGCCAUGUUCCGCCGGAAGGCUUUCUUGCACUGGUACACCGGCGAGGGCAUGGAUGAGAUGGAAUUCACCGAGGCCGAGAGCAACAUGAAUGACCUGGUGUCCGAGUACCAGCAGUACCAGGACGCCACCGCUGACGAAAUGGGCGAGUACGAGGAAGACGAAAUGGAGGAAGACGAUGACGGGCGCCAUUGA